AUGCCUCAGGACUACUCCGGUGUUUCCCUCCAGGGCAAGACUGCCAUUGUCACUGGAUCUUCGAAAGGUCUCGGCGCUGGCAUCGCCAUCCUCCUCGCCAAGCGCGGCGCCAACAUCGUCGUCAACUACGUCUCCGAGGGCAGCGGAAAGCGCGCACAGGAGGUCGUCGACAAGAUUAACAACGAGAUCGGCACGCGCGCCGUCCUUUGCCGCUCCGACGUCAGCAAGCCCGAGGGCAUCAAGCCCCUCGUUGACGCCGCUCUGGCGAUCAGCACGACCGGAAAGAUCGAGAUUCUGAUUCACAACGCCGCGCAAGGCCUCGAAGCCAACCUUGUCGACACGACGCCCGAAUUCUACGACACCCAUUUCGACUGCAACGUCAAGGGCCCGAUUUUCCUGACCCAGGCCGUGGUGCCGCAUAUCGCGAAGGGCGGACGCAUUGUGUUCAUCUCGUCGGCGGGCGCGCGUCUCGGAGUCGCGGGCCAGACUGUCUACGCGGCCACCAAGGCAGCGAACGAGGCGCUGGUGCGCGUGUGGGCGAAGGAACUGGGCCAGUCGCACGAGAUUACUGUCAACUGCGUCAACCCGGGACCUAUUGCUACCGAUCAAUGGUUCCAGAGUGACGAGCAGUUCCUGAAGGACAUGCAGCCCCUGAUCGAGUCGACCCCUGCUGCUGCGCGUGUGGGAGAGGUUGACGAUAUUGCGCCCUUGGUGGCGUUCUUGUGCAGUGACGACGCGAGAUGGACUACGGGAGCUUGUCUCUCUGCGAAUGGCGGUCUUUACAACUAA